GGAAAGAUGCCUUCACAGAAGAUCAAAACAGGUCACCAGGACACAGUCCAUGAUGUUGCCAUGGAUUACUAUGGAAAGAGAGUGGCAACAGCUUCAUCUGAUAGCACCAUUAAGAUAAUUGGUGUUAGCAAUAAUGCUUCACAACACCUUGCUACUUUGACUGGCCAUCAAGGCCCUGUUUGGCAGGUUGCUUGGGCACACCCCAAGUUUGGAUCAAUCCUUGCUUCUUGUUCCUGUGAUGGCCGAGUGAUAAUCUGGAAGGAAGGAAAUCAAAAUGAGUGGACACAAGCUCAUGUUUUCAGUGAUCAUAAAUCAUCUGUCAACUCCAUUGCUUGGGCACCUCAUGAACUUGGCCUCUGCUUGGCUUGUGGGUCCUCUGAUGGGAAUAUCUCUGUCUUCACUGCUAGGUCUGAUGGAGCUUGGGACCCCACAAAGAUAGAUCAAGCUCACCCUGUUGGAGUUACCUCAGUUUCAUGGGCCCCAUCAAUGGCUCCUGGUGCUCUGGUUGGAUCUGGUCUGCUGGAUCCUGUUCAGAAGCUGGUUUCUGGUGGCUGUGAUAAUACUGUGAAGGUGUGGAAGCUAUACAACGGGAAUUGGAAGAUGGACUGUUUCCCUGCUCUUCAGAUGCAUACAGAUUGGGUAAGGGAUGUGGCUUGGGCACCCAACUUGGGGCUUCCAAAGUCCACAAUUGCAAGUGCUUCACAGGAUGGAACAGUUGUAAUAUGGACUGUGGCCAAGGAAGGUGAUCAAUGGGAGGGUAAAGUUUUGAAGGAUUUCAAGACCCCAGUUUGGAGGGUCUCAUGGUCGCUGACUGGAAACCUAUUGGCUGUGGCUGAUGGAAACAAUAAUGUGACAUUAUGGAAAGAAGCAGUUGAUGGUGAGUGGCAACAGGUUACUACAGUGGACCCAUAGAUUCCAGGUUUCUUUGUUUUUUGUUCUUUUAGUUCCAAUUCAUGUCAUUUAGCCUGAU